AUGAUGCGUGGAGCGGGUCAGCAGCCCAUCAUCGUGCUUAGUCAAGGCACGAAAAGGGAGAGUGGUCAUGAUGUUCAGAUUGGUAACAUUACAGCUUGUAAGACCAUUGCUGAUGUAAUUCGCACGAGUCUGGGACCAAGGGCCAUGUUAAAGAUGCUGAUGGAUCCUAUGGGAGGCAUCGUCAUGACUAAUGACGGCAACGCGAUUCUAAGGGAAAUCACCGUCAAGCAUCCUGCUGCCAAAAGUAUGAUUGAAAUCGCAAGGACUCAG